AUGGCUGCUCCUCAGGGACAGCUGACCUUCAGUGAUGUGGCCAUAGAAUUCUCUCAGGAGGAGUGGGCGUGCCUGGACCCAGCUCAGCGGAAACUGUACAUGGACGUGAUGCUGCAGAACUACAGGAACCUGGUAUUCCUGGGUGUGUCUAAGCCAGACCUGGUCACCUUUUUGGAGCACAUGAAAGAGCCCUGGGAGUUGAAGAGGAAAAAGACAAUAUCCAGCCAGCCAGCUAUGUCUUCUCAAGUUACCCAGGGUUUGUUGCCAAAGUCAGGUGUAGAAGUGUCAUUCCAGAAAACGUUACAGAGUACAUAUAAUGAAGAGAGAAGUCAUCAAUGCAAUGAAUCUCGGAAAAACAUUAACCAAGGGUCAAAUUCUAAUGACCAUCAGAGAACUCAGCUUUCAAAGAACAAUGAUAAAUGUCUGAAAGUCUUUGAUAAAAACACAAAUAUUUUUAUACCUCAGAGUAUUAAUACUGUAGAGAAGACAGAAAGAUUUAGUGAAUGUGCCAAGUCUUUCAACCAAUCAUCAAAUCUUAUUGAACAUAAAAAUACUCAUAUUAUGGAGGAGUCUUUCCUGUGUAAUCACUAUGGGAAAAUGUUUAGUCAGUCCUCUAAGUUAAAUAUACAUAAAGAAAUCCAUACUGCAGAGAAGCCUUACAAAUACAAAGAAUGUGAGAAAGCCUUUAAGUGGCAGGCACAUAUUGUUUUACAUCAGAGAAAUCAUGCUGGAGAGAAGCCUUAUAAAUGUAGAGAAUGUCACAAAGCCUUCAACUGUUACUCAAGCCUUAUUCGACAUCAGAUAAUUCAUCACGGAGAGAAACCUUAUAAAUGUAAAGAAUGUGGGAAAGCCUUUAACAAGUGUGCAGGCCUCACAAAACAUCAGAGAGUUCAUUCUGGAGAGAAGCCUUAUAAAUGUGGAGAAUGUGACAAAGCAUUUAGCCAGUAUUCAGCCCUUAUCCAUCAUCAGAGAAUUCAUACUGGAGAGAAGCCUUAUGAAUGUAGAGAAUGUGGGAAAGCCUUUAACCGGAGUUCAAAUCUUACAAAACAUCAGAGAACCCAUUCUGGAGAGAAGCCUUAUAAAUGUAGAGAAUGUGGCAAAGCCUUUACCUCGAGCUCAAAUCUUACUCAACAUAAGAAAAUUCAUUCUGGAGAGAAGCCUUAUAAAUGUAAGGAAUGUGGCAAAGCCUUUACCCAGUGCUCACAUCUUACUCAACAUCAGACAAUACAUACUGGAGUGAAGCCUUAUAAAUGUAGAGAAUGUGGGAAAGCCUUUAGGUGGUGUUCAACCCUUACCCAUCACCAGAGAAUUCAUACAGAAAUGAAGCCUUAUAAAUGUAGAGAAUGUGGGAAAGCCUUUAAAAGUUAUUCAGGCUUUACUCGACAUAAAAGAAUCUAUCUUGGAGGGAAGCCUUGUAAAUGUAAAGAAUGUGGCAAAGCCUUUAAGAAGUGUUCAUGCCUUGUGAAACAUCAUACAAUCCACAAUGGAGAAAAACCUAAUCAGUGUAGAGAAUGUGGCAAAGUCUGUAGCCGGUAUUCAGCACUUACCCAUCAUCAGCAAAUGCAUACAGGAGAGAAGCCUUAUAAAUGCAGAGAAUGUGGCAAAGCGUUUAUCCAGAGCUCACGUCUUUCUCGACAUCAGAUCAUUCAUUCUGGAGAGAAGCCUUACAAAUGUACUGAAUGUGGCAAAGCUUUUAUCCAGAGCUCACAUCUUACUCGACAUGAGAUCAUUCAUUCCGGAGAGAAGCCUUACAAAUGUAAAGACUGUGGCAAAGCUUUUAUCCAGAGCUCACAUCUAACUCGGCAUCAGAUCAUUCAUUCUGGGAAGAAGCCCUAUAAAUGCAAAGAAUGUGGCAAAACUUUUAUCCAGAGCUCACAUCUUACUCGACAUCAGAUCAUUCAUUCUGGAGAGAAGCCUUAUAAAUGUCGAGAAUGUGGCAAAGCUUUCAGUCAGUGUUCAAACCUUACCGAUCAUCAGAGAAUUCAUACUGGAGAGAAGCCUUAUAAAUGUAGAGAAUGUGGCAAAAGCUUUAUGCGGAACUCGAAUCUUACUCAGCAUCAAAGGAUUCAUUCUGGAGAGAAGCCCUAUACAUGUGGAGAAUGUGGGAAAGCCUUUACCCAAGGCUCACAGCUUACUAAACAUCAGAAAAUUCACUCUGGAGAGAAGCCCUAUAAAUGCGGAGAAUGUGGCAAAGCCUUUACCCACGGGUCACUUCUUACUCAACAUCAGAAUAUUCAUUCUGGAGAGAAACCUUAUACAUGUAGAGAAUGUGGCAAAGCUUUUAGAUGGUACUCAGCUCUUUCUAAACAUCAGAGAACUCAUAUAGAACAGAAACCCUUAUAA